UGCUGAUGGAGCACAGGGAAGGGAAUGGCUUGGGCACGAGGAGUGUCUCAGACUUCCUGCUCGUGCCCCUGAUAGGUGUACCGCUGAUGAUGCUGGGCGUGUGGUCUCUGCUUCUCCUCUGGAGUCUGGCAACUCCGUGCCAGGGGCUGCUGGAGACAGUGGGCACGCUUGCUCGGAUUGACAAGGAUGAACUUGGCAAAGCUAUCCAGAACUCGCUGGUUGGGGGGCCCAUCCUGCAGAAUGUUCUGGGGACGGUCACAGCAGUGAACCAGGGCCUCCUGGGCUCCGGAGGUUUGCUCGGAGGAGGUGGCCUGCUGAGCUACGGUGGAGUGUUUGGUGUCGUUGAGGAGCUCUCUGGGCUGAAGAUAGAGGAACUCACGCUGCCUAAGGUGACGCUGAAGCUGCUGCCUGGGUUUGGGGUGCAGCUGAACCUGCACACCAAAGUGGGCCUGCAUGGCUCCGGCCCCCUUGGGGGUCUCCUGCAGCUGGCGGCUGAGGUGAACGUGUCGUCGCGGGUGGCGCUCGGCGUGAGCUCGCGGGGUACACCCAUCCUCAUCCUCAAGCGCUGCAGCACGCUCCUGGGCCACAUCAGCCUGCUUUCGGGGCUGCUGCCCGCUCCGCUCUUUGGGGUCGUGGAACAGACACUCUUCAAGGUGCUGCCGGGACUGCUGUGCCCUGUGGUGGACUCUGUGCUGGGUGUGGCGAAUGAGCUCCUGGGGGCUGUGCUGAGCCUGGUUCCUCUUGGGACUCUUGGGUCUGUGGAAUUCACUCUGGCCACACUGCCUCUCAUCUCUAACCAGUACAUAGAGCUGGACAUCAACCCCAUCGUGAAGAGCGUAGCUGGUGACAUCAUUGACUUCCCCAAGCCCCCCAAACCUAUCAAGGUGCCUCCCAAGGAGGACCACACAUCCCAGGUGAUCGUGCCUCUGUACCUCUUCAACACUGUAUUUGGGCUCCUGCAGACCAACGGUGCCCUUGACAUAGAUAUCACUCCUGAGCUGGUUCCCAGCAAUGUCCCAUUAACAACUAAAGACCUGGCAGCUUUGGUCCCUGAGGCCCUGGGGAAGCUGCCCCCAGACCAGCAGCUCCUGCUCUCCCUGCGGGUGAAGGAAGCACCCACAGUCAUGCUCCAGAACAAGAAGGCCAUUGUCUCCAUCCCAGCUAACAUCCACGUGCUGUCCUACCGCCCCGCAGGGACCCCUGAAGCCCUCUUCGAGCUAAAUGGGGUUAUGACUUUAAAUGCCCAGCUGGCUCCCUCUGCCACCAAGCUGCACCUGUCUCUGUCCCUGGAACGGCUCAGUGUCAAGCUGGCUUCCUCCUUUGCCCACGCCUUUGAUGCAUCUCGUUUAGAAGAAUGGCUCAAUGACGUGGUCCGGGUGGCAUAUGUGCCGAAGCUCAAUGUGGACCUGGAUGGUGGAAUUCCCCUGCCUAAGGUUCUCAAUGUCAAUUUUGCCAACGCAGUCCUGGAUAUCAUAGAGAAUGCUGUUGUGCUGACUGUGGCAUCCUAAGGAUGAGAAAUGGCCACCACCCCUCCCUGCUG